GAGCUCCGUUUGUUGUGUCAUGAUGAAAAGAGGCGGCGCUACCAAGCUCCCUAUCACUCCUUCUAUAAUAUAUAUUUGAAUAUAUCAUGUGCUGUCUAAUCAGCCUUCACCCAUUGUGUGCAUUAAGCUCUCCAUUAGGGAAGACUUCCUCUCGUGGUCCAAUUCACGAUGGGAGUUCGGUGCGAGAGAACGUUCGCGGCGCAGAGAGCUCCCACGGUCCCUUACUCUGGGAUCCUGCAUCUACCUCCGCUAUGUUUUGGCGACCGUUUUUGCAGGCUAUAGCCUCGUUCUGCUCGCUUUCAUUCUUUUUCCUGAGCAACCACCAUGCCACCCCAGCCAAUAUCGCGCAGCCAGCGACCGGCCCGAUCACCGCACCAGCAAUCCAAGCCUGGCUGCUUCCCGUCUCGGCCGAUGGCUCAGUAUGAUCGAUUAUGGUCACUGUGGCGGUAGCGGAGGAUCCGGUAAGGGAUGGACCCGGAGUCGCCGUUGCUUGUGAGAUAUGUGAGACGGUUGAUAUCAGAUAUCAUGGAUCGCCAGUCCACUUACCGGUUGUUUCAGCGGGAUUCUGGCGGUAGAAUGUGGGAUUCUUCACCUCCGUCGUGUCCCGACACCACAUCAACCGAUUCCAUGUGGAGGCACCUUUGGAUUCA